GCCUGGUCAGUUUCACGUGGUUGCGCUCCCGAUCCUUUUGGUGGUAGUUGAGAUGUCCGGGCGGGGGAAGCAGGGCGGGAAGGCGCGGGCCAAGGCGAAGACGCGCUCCUCUCGGGCCGGGCUGCAGUUCCCGGUGGGCCGCGUGCACCGGCUGCUGCGCAAAGGCCACUACGCCGAGCGGGUGGGCGCCGGGGCACCUGUCUACCUGGCCGCCGUGCUGGAGUACCUGACGGCCGAGAUCCUGGAGUUGGCCGGCAACGCGGCCCGCGACAACAAGAAGACGCGCAUCAUCCCGCGCCACCUGCAGCUGGCCAUCCGCAACGACGAGGAACUCAACAAGCUGCUGGGCAAGGUCACCAUCGCCCAGGGCGGCGUCCUGCCCAACAUCCAGGCCGUCCUCUUGCCCAAGAAGACCGAGAGCCACAAGGCCAAAGGGAAGUGAGUGGUACCAGUCGGCCACCCAGUCGUGGAACCCGCCCCCUUACAAAGGCAAAAAAACCCAAAAACCCAAAGGCUCUUUUCAGAGCCACCCACAAUC